AGCUUUUCCUCGGAUGUUCAGAAGAACCUGUAGUCCAGUGUGAACACAACAAGGAUACUCGGCCUUAUUCUUCUUUCAUUGUCGCUUCACUCCCAAAUUGCCAAAUUGGAGCACAAAGGUUCGGCCUUUUUCAAUGUCUGCUUAGCGGAACUACCAAUCUUCCAUAGAUAACCGUCAAAAUGGCACCCAAGAUUCUGCUUUUGCUUCUUGCCCUCUCCAUUUCAGUACACCCAAAUGCAAGUUUCGAGCCACCAAAUCAGAAACACCAAAGUUCAGGCAAGACCCUUUUUCCCAAAUUGCUUCCGCCGGCUGAUAGAGCCUCAAAAGGGAGCAUAAAGCUGGUUCAAUCUUUGCAGGGGUCAAGAGUUGUUCUGAGAGGAAAUGAUCAAAUUUGGAGUGCGGAAAAGACCUUUGCGUUGGGAUUUUUCGGUGUUAAUGGUGGACGCAAAUGGUAUUUAGGCAUUUGGUAUGCUUCAGUUCCCACGCCUACCUAUGUCUGGGUGGCAAAUAGGGAGACCCCCAUCAAGAAUCUUUCACUGGCCAGUCUUGAAAUUACCCAAAAUGGGAAGCUAGCUGUGAUAGAAAAUGGUGAUUCAAGAACCCUUGUUUGGGGAACUAGUAAUCAGGGGAAAGGCAGUGAAGUUAAGCUCUUGGAGCAAGGAAAUUUGGUGUUUUUGGAUGGUGAAAGGAAGGUGGUUUGGCAAAGCUUCGAUUCCCCAACUGACACUUUGCUCCCAGGCUUGAAUUUGACUGCUCAGAGGUGGUUAAGUUCUUGGAAGAGCUCUAUAGACCCAUCCCCAGGUAUCUUCUCUCUCAGGCUCCUCCCACCUGAGUAUUCUGAGCUUGCUCUUGUUUAUAAUGAUAGUUAUACUUAUUGGUCUUCUGGUAAUUGGACUGGAAAUGCAUUUAGUGGAGUGCCUGAGAUGACCAUUCAUUAUAUCUACAAAUUUUAUUUUGCCCAACCCUUUACCCCAAUGGCAUCUUUUGGCUAUUCUGAGGUAUCAUUGGAGGCGGGCGGCCAACCGCCUUUAACCCGGUUUCGUUUAGACUUCACUGGCCAGCUUUGGCAGUACACUUGGGCUUCCCAGACUCAGAAUUGGAACUCAUUCUGGUCACAGCCAGAUAAUCAGUGCAGGGUUUAUGGCCUCUGUGGGGACUUGGGGUUUUGCAAUACUAGGUCUUUCUCGAGUCCAUGUCGGUGUUUGGUGGGGUUUAGACCCGGGGAUAAUGUUUCGUGGAACGCAGGGGACUUUUCUGAUGGUUGUCGCCCCGAGAACAACUAUCGUUGUGGUGAAAAUGAAGGGUUUAAGGAUGUUGGAAUGCUAAGCUAUGACGGAGCAAAGACAGUGUCGUUUAAGGGAAGUAGGAGCAUGUGUAAAAAGGAAUGUUUGGGUAAUUGUUCUUGUAUUGGCUUCCACCACAAUGAAAGGACCAAUUUGUGUAGAAAUUUGUACGGUUCGUUGCUGAAUCUCAGAAACAUUACUUCUGAUAUGGAGGAUAGGCUGUAUUUAAGAGCGAAUGGGGAAGGCAUUAGCAAGAACCAUAGGAAAAAGAAGUUAGUAGUGAUUGGAGCGAGUUGUGUGCUUGUAAUCUUGUUGCUAGGAGGUUUGGUUUUUCUGUUCUCAAGGAGAAAGGGUAGGAGGACAGAAGAAGAAGAAGAAGAGGGAUCUGUAUUUCCCGUGAUGAAUUUGAAGGUUUUUUCAUAUAAAGAGCUUCAUAUUGCAACGAAGGGAUUCUCUGAGAAGCUCGGGCACGGUGGAUAUGGUUCUGUGUUUCGAGGGGAGCUAUCAGAUUCUUCAGUUGUGGCUGUGAAGAGACUAGAUAGGCCUGGCGGGGGCGAAAAGGAGUUUCGAGCGGAGGUCUGCACUAUUGGAUACAUUCAACAUGUCAAUCUGGUUCGAUUGAGGGGAUUUUGCUCUGAAAAUUCUCACAGGCUUUUGGUUUAUGAUUACAUGCCAAAUGGUUCUCUUAGUGUGUAUUUAAGGAAAGGCGGGCAGAAUCUAAGUUGGGAUGCGAGGUUUCGAGUUGCAGUUGGAGUGGCUAGAGGAAUUGCUUAUUUGCACGAGGGGUGUCAGAAUUGUAUUCUACAUUGUGACAUUAAGCCUGAGAAUAUUCUCCUGGAUGAAGAUUUAUCAGCAAAGGUUUCGGAUUUCGGGCUAGCAAAGCUCCUGGGUAGGGACUUCAGUAGAGUCUUGGCCACCAUGAGGGGUACAUGGGGGUAUGUUGCACCCGAGUGGAUCUCCGGUUUGGCAAUCACCACGAAAGCGGAUGUCUACAGCUAUGGAAUGACACUAUUUGAGUUAAUUGGCGGGCGGCGAAAUGUAGAGGGUACACCAUCCCUAGACCGAGGAGAUAAUGGAGAGGGCGGAGCGGAGGAGAAAUGGUUCUUUCCACCAUGGGCUGCACGCAAGAUACUCGAGGGAAACGUCUCAGCAGUGAUCGACGAGAGGCUUCAAGGCACGUAUGACGUGGGGGAGGCCGAGCGUGUGGGGCUGGUGGCGGUGUGGUGCAUUCAGGACGAGGAAUCGACGAGGCCCGCCAUGGGAAUGGUGGUGAAAAUGCUGGAAGGAGUGGUGGAGAUAGGCGUGCCACCGCCGCCAAGGCGGCUUCAAGCAUUGGUGCACGGUGAGGGAAUUGAGUCUGGGGUCAUGGGGAUGGUUUCAAUAGAUUCCAGGGAUUCCUUGUCUUUUCCAUGAGUAGUUGAGUUGGUAUGAAAGAAGAAGCAUGGGGGGCUUGAGGUUCUCUUUUCUAACUAGUUCCAGCUAGCUACCAUGAUGUAAAUAAAUAUUUCUAUCCUUUACUUGAUAUCAUUUCUUGAAAAACAGUGGAAGAUAUAUGUCAUGUUGAAGCCAAAAGUAUUUAGUAGUCAAGAAAUGCAUUGGCAAUUCCAUUUCACA